AUGAGCUUCCCUUACGACAACUCGUUCCAAGGCCAACCGGGCGCCGAGGAUGCCAAUGCGCAGGGCGUCGCUGGUGCCCAACAACAACCUCAGAUGGGGCAGCCGAUUGAGAGCGCGGCCGGCCAGUUCCAGGGCGGCAACAUGCCCGUUGGUGCGCCUUCUUCCGGCCCUGGCAGCCAGGGCCCUGGCGAAUCCAAGACCACUCUCUGGAUGGGAGAGCUCGAGCCUUGGAUCGACGAGAACUUUGUGCGCAGCGUCUGGUACGGCAUGGGCGAGCAGGUCAACGUCAAGAUGAUUCGCGACAAGUUCUCUGGUAACAACGCCGGCUACUGCUUCGUCGACUUCCAGACCGCGGAUGCUGCUGCAAAGGCCCUUGGUCUCAACGGCCAGAUGAUCCCCAACUCGAACCGUCCCUUCAAGCUGAACUGGGCUUCCGGCGGUGGUCUCCAGGACCGCAGGGAUGACCGCGGCCCCGAGUUUUCCAUCUUCGUCGGCGAUCUCGGCCCCGAGGUCAACGAAUACGUGCUCGUCUCGCUCUUUCAGGGCAAGUACCCUUCUUGCAAGUCCGCAAAGAUCAUGUCCGACCCCAUCUCCGGCAUGUCUCGCGGCUACGGCUUCGUCCGCUUCGCCGACGAGAGCGAGCAGCAGCGCGCCCUGAACGAGAUGCAGGGCGUCUACUGCGGCAACCGUCCCAUGCGCAUUUCCACGGCUACUCCCAAGAACAAGAGUGGUGGCGGCCCUGGCGCUGGCCCCAUGGGUGGCAUGCACGGCAGCGGCCCUGGCCCUGUUGGCAUGUACGGCAUGGGCGCCCCUCCGCUUGGUUACUACGGUGCUCCCCAGCCCAUGAACCAGUUCACGGACCCGAACAACACCACCGUCUUCGUCGGUGGCCUCUCGGGCUACGUCACGGAGGACGAGCUUCGGUCUUUCUUCCAGGGCUUCGGUGAGAUCACUUACGUCAAGAUCCCUCCGGGCAAGGGCUGCGGUUUCGUGCAGUUUGUGCAGCGCCACGCCGCCGAGAUGGCCAUCAACCAGAUGCAAGGUUACCCCAUCGGCAACUCGCGCGUCCGUCUCAGCUGGGGCCGCAGCCAGAACAACUCGGGGCCUGCUGGCACUCCGUACCGCCCCGCCCCUCCGCCUCCGGUCUACCCUAACAUGGGCAUGCCUCCGAACCCAUACAGCGGGUUUGCUCCCAUGAAGUAA